AUGAUAGACGCCUAUAGUAAACCCGACCAGGUUGAGGAGGCAGAAGGUCUCUUUCAUGAGCUGAAAGAAAAGGGACUAAAGCCAACUACAGCAACGUACAACAUUCUAAUGAAUGCCUACAGCAGAAGAAUGCAACCUGAAAUAGUUGAAUCUUUAAUAACUGAGAUGCAAGGUUUAGGCUUGAAACCAAAUGUCAAAUCAUAUACCUGCCUCAUAAGUGCCUAUGGAAGGCAGAGGAAAAUGAGUGACAUGGCAGCAGAUGCGUUUUUGCGGAUGAAAAAGGCUGGAAUUAAACCCACGUCACACUCAUAUACUGCUUUGAUUCAUGCAUAUUCAGUUGGUGGAUGGCAUGAAAAAGCAUAUGCCGCAUAUGAGAAUAUGAAAAGAGAGGGGAUUUCACCCUCAAUAGAAACAUACACAGCUCUGCUUGAAGCAUUCAGGCGAGCUGGUGAAACUGAUAAAUUAAUGGAGAUAUGGAAAUCCAUGAUCAGCAACAAAGUUGAAGGUACAAGAGUUACAUUUAACAUUAUACUAGAUGGUCUGGCUAAACAUGGUCUCUAUGUUCAAGCAAGAGAUGCGAUAUAUGAAUUUGGAAAACUUGGCUUGCAGCCAACAGUCAUGACCUACAAUAUACUGAUGAAUGCAUAUGCACGGGGAGGGCAACACUGCAAGUUACCGCAGUUGCUGAAAGAUACGAGUGCCCUCAAUUUGAAGCCUGACUCUGUAACUUAUUCGACAAUGAUAUAUGCAUAUGUUCGUGUACGUGAUUUUACUAGAGCAUUCUAUUAUCACAAGCAAAUGGUCAGAAACGGGCAGGUGCCUGAGUCCAGAUCCUAUCAGAAAUUGCGGGCAAUUUUGGAUGUCAAAGCUGCAACAAAAAAUCGGAGGGAUAGAAGUGCUAUACUUGGAAUACUGAAUAGCAAAUUUGGUUUGAAACCGAAAAAAGGCAAGAAGGAUGAAUUCUGGAAAAACAAAAAGAAGAGAUCUAUUAUGUAUGACCAGGGUUGUUGGGGCAAAACUAUCAUUUUGCCCAAAACCCUAAAGCCCUCCCUCUCCCCUACUGUUGUCGCCGUCGUCGCCACCCUGUCGGCGGUGGCCUGUGCGGCGGGUACUGGGGCGCUGCCUCUACCUGCGAGUGACUCGCUCGCGGGCGACGUCGCCCCUGCAAGUGAGCGUCGCCACCUCGAUAGGCGGUUCUGCCCGCGGGGUAGCGCUCGCAGGCGGUGCUGCCUUGCUGGGCAGUCGCCCUUGCAGGGGGUUUUGCCCGCGGGAGUAGCGGCUGCAAGUGCCGUUGCCCCGCGGCGCCUCUACCCGCAGGCUGCCAGCCCCGCCGGCCGAAAGCCUGCUGCAAGCAGGCCGUACUCAUUGGAGAAUGAGUUCACUGAUUGA